GGAGGGAUGUCAGCUGGCCUGUCCGACAUCUUGAACAAUGUAGUGUAGCCUGCGUAGCGUCCUGUUGGUGAAGUGACUAGAAUUUUCACAUCAUUUAUUUAAAUCGGUGUCCAUUGAUUGCGCUCGUUGCACCCAGGGAAGGGCGCAAUUCGCAACAAUGGCUGAGUACCUGGCCUCUAUUUUUGGUACUGAGAAAGACAAAGUUAACUGUUCCUUCUACUUCAAAAUUGGAGCUUGCAGACACGGAGAUCGAUGCUCGAGAAUUCAUAAUAAACCAACGUUCAGUCAGACAUGUUUGCUCCAAAACCUGUACGUGAACCCUCAAAAUUCAGCAAAAAGUGCAGAUGGUUCUCAUCUGGUUGCCAAUGUCUCCGACGAGGAGAUGCAGGAGCACUAUGAUAACUUCUUCGAGGAUGUAUUCGUCGAGUGUGAAGAUAAAUAUGGAGAAAUUGAGGAGAUGAAUGUGUGCGAUAACCUGGGGGAUCACCUCGUGGGUAAUGUUUACAUCAAGUUUCGUCGUGAGGAGGACGCAGAGAAGGCAGUCAAUGACCUCAACAAUAGAUGGUUCGGCGGACGUCCCGUUUAUGCCGAACUAUCGCCAGUUACGGACUUCAGGGAGGCUUGCUGUCGUCAAUAUGAAAUGGGAGAAUGCACGAGAUCGGGUUUCUGCAACUUCAUGCACUUGAAGCCAAUCUCCCGGGAAUUACGUCGUUACUUGUACAGUCGUAAAAAGGGUGGCGGUGGAGGAGGUGGCGGAGGCGGCGGUGGAGGUGGCGGCAGUGCUAAGGGACGAUCGAGGUCUCGUUCACGAUCACGCGGUCGUGAUCGCAAACGCCGAUCCAGAUCUCGCGAACGCCGAUCGCGAUCCAAGGAGAGACGUAAGGGGCGAGAUGAUAAAGGGCGUGAUAGUCGCUCUGGAAGAUAUUAGUAUACGUUUAUCGGUUUAAUUACUACUGUAUUUCACCAUUCUAUGAUAACUUUUAUUAAAAAUUCACUCAACAAGA